AUGGAGCGACCCGUCGCGGAGGUGUUCAGCGACGGCGCGUGGGGCGAGCAGGCGAGAGAGGACCGGAUGCAGCUCACGAAGUGCGACGGGCAGGUGUGGCUGGCGCUGAAUAAUCUCACGGUGGACUCGAAGUGCCGCGCCAAGUAUCGGUACGACGACCAUCGAAAGGCGACGCUCGAACGCGUGAAGCGCUUCUUCAACGACGUCCUGUUCGAUCAGCUCCCGAUCUUGAAAGACCUGCAGAGGGUCGUGGACGAGGUCUUGCUCAUGGUGACGCCGUCGUCGCACGAGGUGACGCAGGGGCGCCUCAUCUUGGAGGUCGUCCCGGAGACGCGAGAGGCGCUGCUUAACAAGACGGAGGACGAGUGGAAAGCGAUCGCGAGCGGACACCUCGCGACGCACUUCGCCGACACCCCGGAGAGUCGCACCGCCGCCGCGAUGAAGAUGGACGACAUGGCCGCGAUGUUCGAGUUCAUGUGCGAGAUGGACGACGCGAAGAAGGCGACGGCGAAGGCGGCGAGAAAGCCGGAGCCGCCGCCGCCGAAGGGGAUCGUGCGCGUGGACUUCUCGCGGCUCUCCCCGGACGACGGCGAGUACUACCGCUGGCACGUGUACGACAUGGAGUUCGACCCGCGCGGCGACGCGAAGGAGGUGGAGGUGAAGCUGACGGACGGGAACGUCGCGCGCGGGGAUCAGUACAAGCUGUCGCCGCCGGCGCCGACGACGCCGGCGCCGGGGAAGACGGAGCGCGCGCGCGCCGCGCAGACCGCCGCGGCGGCCGCGAGCGAGCGCACGCCCGUGCCGCACGACGGGAAAGUGGCGGCGACGUACGGCGCGACGAGGGCGGAGGCGACGCUGGAUCUGCCGGCGCCGGGACGGCCGCACGCGGACGUGUACGGCGCGGGGGGGAGCGGCGUCGACGGCGCGGCGUCGGACGCGAUUCGCGAGUUGUCGGACAUGCCGAACGGCGUGUGGGUCACGAUCGGGCAGCUCAGCAGGGACGGGUUCGCGCUGCAGCUCAAGUUGAAGAAGACGAAGGGCGUGCACGAGGCGUACCGGUGCGGGAAGAGCGGGAAGUAUUACGUGUACGAGCCGUCGGGGGGGGCGAUCACGGUGCUGAGGAAAGAGAAGAAGUAG